AUGGGUAACUUCAACCCUGCAUAUCACCUCAACAAAUUAGGUCUUUCAAUCCUUUCCCUGAGGAGCAAUCAGUUGCAUGGAGAAUUCCCUCAAGCAUGGAGUGCGUGUAGCAGAACAAUUCCUUCGGGCAGCCAACUCCAAGUGCUCGAGAAUGAUUGGUCCGUUUACAAAGGCAAUCCGUCAUUGUGUGGGGUUCCUCUUACAACUAAGUGCCUGGGAGAUGACAGCAUUACUCCUAAUAAGGAUCCAGAAGACAAGAAUGAAGAUGAUGAAGAUGAUAAAGGAGUCGUUUGGUUCUACGCGAGCUUGGGACUUGGCUUCAUUGUUGGCUGCUGGGGUGUUUGUGGAACACUAGUCCUAAAGAAAUCAUGGAGGUAUGCCUAUUUUCGAAUCUUUGACGGAAUAAAAGAUAAAGUGGCAUUAGCAAGUGCAUUCAAAGUGGCUCGUUUGCAAAGGAAAUCUUGA